AUGAGGCAAUAGAGAAGAUAAAAGCUAGAAUGCUUGCCUCACAGAGCAGACAGAAGAGUUACGCAGAUCCGAAACGUAGAGAUGUUGAGUUCCGAGUAGGGGACCAUGUGUUUUUGCGAGUAUCUCCGAUGAAGGGGAUUAAACGUUUCGGGAAAAGAGGCAAGCUAUGCCCUAGAUUUACAGGACCUUUCGAGAUUCUCGAGAAGAUAGGUCAAGUGGCAUAUCGGUUAGCAUUGCCUCCAGCCUUAUCAGCAGUGCACAACGUAUUCCAUGUCUCAAUGUUGAGAAAAUACGUUUCAGACCCCUCUCAUAUACUCAGUUAUGAGAGUCUUCAGCUUCAGCCAGACAUGUCAUAUGAGGAACAGCCAGUGCAGAUCCUGGAUAGAAAGGAUAAAGUCCUUCGGAAUAAGACCAUAGCAUUGGUCAAGGUUCUCUGGAGAAACAGCAAGGUGGAGGAAGCCACCUGGGAGCUAGAGUCAGAUAUGAGAGCUCAAUAUCCAGAGUUAUUCAGGUAAAGGCAAGGCUAUAGCUGAUGGACCGUGAGCGAGCUUAUGAGAUUGUACAUGUCGGGGCGGUUAGGCCUGGAGCGUACGAUCCUCGGGACAGCAAGGCUGAGAUUUUUGUAACUGUCGUUAGACGACUUCUAUUUUGAUGUAAAAGUUAAACAGUUAAAACGUUUGUAAAUGAUUUUAUAAAUCGGGAUCCCGAGACUUUUAUAAUAUGGUUUAUAAGUUUAUUUAAAAAGCAAAAUUUUAAUUAAUCACGUUUUUCCAUAAACCUCGUUGAUUAGCAACGAGCUGCACAGUACG